GUUUAUUCGAGCACAUACACAGGACUAAAGACUUUGAUUGACUUAAGUAAAUGGGUAUCAGAACUAUGAUUCGAUAUUUCUGUAUUUCGUUGCUGUUAUGGAGCUCGUUGUAUGGUGUAUUUAGUUUUCCGGUGUCGACUGGGGCAUGCUUAGACAGACAGUAUGUUAUCGGUGACAAUUGCUGUAACAAGUGCCGGCCUGGGUACAAAGUCUCCAGGCAUUGCGUAACAAACGCCGACGACGGUGAAUGUGUGCAUUGUCCAGAAGGCACUUAUAACUCCAACUACACUGCAUCCGACAGCUGUAGAUAUAUCGACCACUGUACUAAACUACACGAGAUUGUAAAAUCUCCUGCUCCAUUGGAUGGUACAAAAAAUAAUGAAUGCCGAUGUGAAGAUGGUUACCACUAUACCGAUACACGUGAACUGUGCUGGAAAGAUUCCACAUGUCCACCGGGAGAAGGACACACCGAGGAUGGGCAAUGCGAAGUAUGUCCAGAGGGAAAGUACUCUACAGAGGAAUCUUCAACAGAAAAGUGCCAGCCACAGCCCGUCUGCUCGGGCCCGAUUCUUGUGAUAGGAAACACGACAACAAAAAGAGUGUGCGCAGAAACAACAUCAAACCCAACACCAAGCAUGACAGUUGAGAGUACAACAUUUGGUAUAGUUCCUUCAAAUACCACUUCAUCCAAUGGUUUAAGUGCGGGUAUAACAGUAGCGAUUAUACUUGUAGCGAUACUUUUACCUAUUGGCUUGCUGUUGGCGGCAUACUGUUGCAGAAAACGUUGCUAUGACUAUAAGAAAUGUAUACGUAAUACACGAAGAAGACGAAAUGGAACAACAGCAACAGAACCAAGCAUGGUAUCUCAAGACAGUCCACAAGAAAACAGAAGAGCUAAUUACACCUGUGUAACAUCUGACGAAAAACUUGACAAUGGUGGUAGUACUAUAGCCGUGGGAGAGUACAAUGCAACAGGCAGCGUUGUUGAAUUUGAUGGUAAUGGUACCGCUACAAGUCUUGCCAUCGGCAAUAUGAAUGAGGUUGGUAUGAAAGAGUUACACAAAGACGUACUUCGCCGUCUUAUGGGUACAUUUGUUUCUAACCUUCCAUGGCAGAAAAUAUUGGAUCACAUGGGUGACGUGUUUCAAGGUGAAGACUAUUCACAAAUAGCGACUAUUCCGAACUUGACCAAUUAUGAUCGCAGCAGAAAACUGAUCAAUAUUCUUCUAACAAAAGGACCAGAUGCUUAUGAUAAAUUCGUGAAAGUGUUGGAGAGUCCUGAUCUGCAUUCAUAUAACUACCUCGCCAAAGCCUGUAGGAACAAAGAACAAGAACUAUUACAACAGGCUAGAUUAUAAUGGCAGCUUUCGUAAAGCUACAUGAUGCACACAUUGUAAUAAUUUCUGUUGCCAGUAUCCGUCCAUCAAUUCUGAUACAUUCUUACUGUUGUGAAUAUCUUCGAAU